UUAGCUCUUUUACUAUCUUCGAUUGUAUCGUUCGGUAUAGUAUGUUCUAUAAAGUAAAGAUGGAAUGAGAAAGAUAGCUAUCUCCAUUUUCAGAAUAAAUGAAUUAAUCCUCCUCUUGUUAAUCAUGGCAAAUCUCAUCUUCUUUCUCUUCGUAAUAAUAUUAAUCAGCUUUAUUAAUGCUCCAGUUUGUUCUUCCCUUGAACAACCUUCUCACUUCAUCAAACACGUUUUUUUUCAACAGAAAUACUUAGAAAUCACUCGUCCAUUGCCCUUCGCUAAUCUCACUCCUUCCUGCACUCUUCCCAUCCUCAAUUAUCACUUCGGAGAUACUAUGGGUCUUCCACCUAUAUCCGUCCCUUAUGCUCCUCCCCAUAAUUGCUCUUGGGAUCAUGUGGCUCUUCAAUUCAACGCCUCUUCCAAAGGAGUGCAGUACGACCGUAUCGCCGCCGUUUGGCUUGACGGCGUCGAUCUCUUUCGUACCAGCACCCCCGAGCCUACUGAAAAUGGAGUUUUCUGGACUGUUACUAAGGAUGUUACCAGGUAUUCGUCCCUCCUCACCAAGGAGAAUAUUUCUCUCUCUGUUAUGCUGGAAAAUUUGGUCAACGAUGUUUAUACAGGUGUCUAUCAUGUUAAUGUUACUAUCUUAUACUAUGAUAGUAAGGACAUGAUUGUUCCUGGUCCAUUAUCAACUACUAGUACUAAUCGGAAAGUGAGACUAGUAAAUGAUGUGUUUGUGGAUAAUCCCAUAAGAGGGUCGUUGGGUUUGUCUGAAAAAACAGCAGAUCUGAUAAUUCCAAUUUCGGGUAAUGAUGGAGGUGAAGGAUUUUGGUACCGAAUUCAAAGCGAUUCGGAAUGGAAGGGGAAGAGUGUUAUCAUACCCAAGAACACCUACAAAGCUGUCAUGGAAAUUUGUGUAUCAUUUCACCGCUACGAUGAGUUUUGGUACUCAAAUCCCCCUAAUUCUUACAUACGGGCAAAUAAUUUGACUAGCCACAGAGGCAACGGAGCGUAUAGGGAAGUUUUGUUGAAUAUAGACCAGAAUUUGGUAGGAUCCGUGGUUCCAUUUCCUGUAAUUUACCCAGGUGGAAUUAAUCCCCUCUACUGGGAUCCAAUUGUUUCAAUUGGGGCCUUUGAUCAUCCUUCUUACGACAUUGAAUUAACUCCAUUUUUGGGGGUUUUACUUGACGGUAAAUCCCAUUUUAUGGGGCUUAAGGUGCUGGAUAGUCUCCCUUUCUGGCUUGUGGAUGCGAAUUUGCACCUUUGGGUAGAUAAUCAAUGCACAAGUGAUUGUGAAGUGCAGGGUGAAGUUGUUGACUAUGGAACUCCAGAUUACGAGAUGGAGCGGUCUUCAAGCUUUGAGGGACUGGAUGGAUCAUAUGAGGUUGAGAUGGAGAGGAAGAUCAAGUAUCGUGGGUGGGUGAAUUCAUCAGCAGGCAAUUUGACAACUACAGUUACACGAGAACUCAAGUUCAAGAACAAGAUAAAGUUUGAUAAGAGUGGAAAUGAAAAGAAGGUAAAGCAGAAAGUCAAAGAAGAGGUUGAAAUUAGCGUAGUCUCUGAAACGGGUAUGAAGAUUUCUCAUACGACUGUGAAGAGAAAAUAUCCUCUAACUAUAAUCACUAAGACCAGUAAGCCAUCAAAAGAGGAUGGUACAGUCAUGAUGGAUUCUGAAUUAGAACAUGAAUGGAGUGAGAAGAAGAAGAAGAAGAGUGAUAGAAAUUCAGAUUCUUCUUCAAUCAGUUUGAAAAAUGGACAAAGAUGCAAAGCAUGGAUGUCUGUUCAAGAUCGCAUGGUUCUACAAGGUGGAGCAACCACUGAACAGAGCUAUUCGUAUAAUGGUGAAGCUACUACCUAUUCUCGGGAAAUUGCAGCUGCCAAUGGCAAGCUUAUAAGUGACACUGUAAACUACUUGAUGUUGCCUUCAUUUUCUGCUGUGUAACACCUUUUUCAAGUAUCCUUUCUUGUUAAAUAAAUAAUGCUCUCCUACGAUGA